ACACCCCGGCGGAGCCGAGUCCAGAAGGGACGCGCCGCACCAGCUCUCGGCUGACCCCCCAGCCCCCGCCCCGCGCCCAUGGCCCUGCCGGGACCCCGAGCUUUACGGGCUGCGCUCUGUGGCGGCUGCUGCUGCCUCCUCCUGUGUGCCCAGCUCGCUGUGCCUGGUAAAGGAGCUCGAGGCUUUGGGCGGGGAGCCCUGCUCCGAAUGAACAUCUGGCCAGCUGUCCGCGGGUCCUGCAAACAGCUGAAGCUCUGCGAGCAUUGUGUGGAGGAGGACAGAGCGCACAACCUCUCGGGCUGCGUGUGGGAACAAUGUCGGCCCGAGGAGCCAGGACACUGUGUGGACCAAGCUGAGGUGACCCCGGAAGGUUGCUCUGUCUACAACCACUCCGAGUCGUGUCCAGCUGCCCACCACCACCCCACCUAUGAACCGAAGACAAUCACAACAGGGCUCCCUGAGCUGCAGCUGGGACCACCUUUGCCCUUCAUAUUCUCAGACCUCCUAACACAAGCCACCCCCUCUGGGGAGUGGGCCAGCUCCCCGUGGGGCCCCUGUCCACUACCCCAGAAUGAUCUCCCACCACCAGCCCUGCCCUGGCCUGGGCACCGGGCCCAGGGCCUGAAAUCAAAUCCCUAUUGAGGGUGGAUGGCGAACGUGGCACAGCUGGGAGCCACCCAGGCUCCGUCUGACAACCAUGGUCCCCACGGUGGGGCUGGGGAAGGGUCAGGGGACACUGUGUACGUUUGGAUUAUGUCCAAACUGUGAGGAGACUCUAGGCAGGUCUGGCCCUCAGAACCUGGCUUCUCCCUCCAACACACAUCACUUAGUCUCCAUGUAUCCACUCCGUGUGGGAGACCAGGGUGUGGGCCUCCCCUUCUCCCUCUGCUCCCUCCCUUUCUAAGUUAGGGUUCUGACGUGGGGUAGCUCCAUGUCAGAAGUCCUGAAAGGGGACCAUAUCAUCUGUCCCUGGACUUUUGAACCCCGAGAUCCAAAGGUCAAUAGGGACCUGGAUGUCUGAGUCCUGGGUCCAUCCUCAUCCUCUUGGGCCAGUGUGGGAGGGGAGUCUGGAGGGGAGCUCCGUUGCCAUCUGGCCCAUGUGGUCAGGAGGCUGAGGGUGUGAAGAGCAUCCAGACACAGAGCAGUUCAGGAGCAGACCAGGGCUGGAGCCAAAGGCCCUGUCCCCCCAACUGUCUGCUGCUCCGGCCCCCAGAGU